UAUGCACUAGUAGCACAUUCCGUUUUCGAAAGAUGAUUCCGCCAUUGAAGUCUUAUUAACGCGCUCAUCUCUGCAUAUGAUAGCGGACGCUAGGAAUAAUCUUCAGUUCAGUCUCAAUGGGUGCCUCCUUGGCUUCGGACGCGGUCUUUUUCGAACUUUAAUUUCCGUUACCGCAGAAGUAGCUUCUCAAUAAUCGGCUUGGGAAAAGAUACUGCUGGCUAAGUUGCAGGAGAUACAGAAGAAGUGUUUAGUGAUGUUUUUCGACACAAUCUCGUAAAUGAGUUCUUCUCCCGAAUUAAAAAGUGAAAUAGCCAAAAUGUCGAUGCAGAAGUUUGUUUGGUUGGUGUUGCUCCUGUGCGUGGGUCGUGCUAGGCCGCAGGACAAUCACAUGUACAGUUACUUCGAUGAGCACAGUACUAUAAUAGCGAAAGGCGAUAGUGAGUUCGACUUCGUCAAGUUGGAGACACCGAUCCAUUUCUACAGUGAGCAAUAUGACCACAUCUAUGUAAAUACCAACGGAAUACUUACGUUCGUAACAGAAUACCCAGACUACAUUAAUCAGCCAAUACCUCUAGAAUAUCCAACGAUAGCAGUAUUUUAUUCGAAUAUUGACACGACAGAUGCAGAUGAAACAACGCUGGUUUUAUUCUUCAAAUCUCAGAACCCUGAAAAACUUGCAAAAGCUUCAGAUUUGGUAAGAAGAUCUUUCACCGGAUCUGAAGACUUCCAAGCAACAGUAAUCUAUGUGGCCACCUGGGAAAAUGUUGGUUAUUAUAGCGCAAAGAAUGAUAAAGUAAACACGUUCCAGGUCGCAAUAAUCUGUAAUGAAGAUGAAACGUAUGUUCAAUUUAUUUAUCCUCCCAACGGUUUGAAUUGGUUCCAAGCAGAAUUAGGUGAACUGGGACUGCCCGAUAUUCGAGCUCAAGCCGGAUUCAUGUCCGAAGAUGGACGUUUCUAUACUGUCCCAGGCUCAGCAACGGAUAAUGUUAGGUACUUGAAUUCAUUGUCAAAUAUCAACAUUCCCGGAGUUUGGCUGUUUCGAGUUGGAGCUUUAGGUUAUCACGAUAACGUUGGAUUACCGAAUGUCGAAAAUUUGUUGGAACCACCCCAGCCGAGAACCUGCGCAGAAGGACGCCAUAAGUGCAGUGUACAUGCUUCGUGUGUGGAUACAUCGAGUGGGUUUUGCUGUCGCUGUGAAGAGGAGUACUAUGGGAAUGGAUUUCAAUGUAUUAAAAAGUCAGCUCCCAUAAGGGUAACUGGUACCAUUAGUGGUUCAAUUAAUGGUCAAAGUAUUGAUGACAAUACGAAACUGCAAUCAUACGUUAUCUUGGAGGAUGGAAGGUCUUAUACUGCUAUAAAUCCUAUAAAUGCAGAUUUGGGACAAAAGCUGCAACUCGUUUUACCAAUUGGAGGAGCGAUUGGAUGGCUAUUUGCAAAGCCAUUUGGGUCAGCCAAAAAUGGAUUUGACCUCACUGGCGGCACUCUAAAUCACUUCUCGAGUUUGACUUUUUCCGAUACAAAUGAAAUCUUCUCAGUUAACCAAACCUUCGAAGGAAUCAACUAUUGGGACCAACUGGCCGUGAAAGUAGAAGUCUCUGGGAAUUUGCCACCCGUUCCCGAAGGUAGCAAGUUUCAGAUUUCUGAUUUCAUGGACGAGUACCGAUUCAUAUCUGACAACGAAAUUCAAUCUGUUGGUACGAUACAAGUUCAUGUUUCAGAGACACAAACAAUUGAAUAUUCGCUGGACCAGUGGAUCACUUUCAAGCGAUGCCGUCUUGACGACGAAGCAGAACUGGCAACCCAACCACCAGUACUCGAGAAGCUCUCGAAAAUUAGUUUGGACUACCAUGAUCGUGAGUCAGCUAUUCGCAUUGGAAUGUUAAAUAAAAUUGGCGUGGACCCUGAGUCGAAUCCGUGUACAGAUGGGACAGCUAAUUGUGGAGAUAAUACAAUUUGCAUUCCGCGUGGGGAUGAGUAUGAUUGUGUUUGCAAGAAUGGUUUCACAGUCUAUCCCAGCGAAAGUCCAGUAGAUAUUUGUGUUGAUAUUGAUGAAUGCCAAGGACCUAAUGCUUGUGAUGAACAUGCCUACUGCACCAAUGAACUAGGCGGAUAUAGCUGCAGAUGUAUCGAAGGAUAUUGGGGAAAUGGACGCGUUUGUCAGCAAAUAGGGAACAGUGAAAAUCGGGUCGAUGAACCUGAAGGAUAUCGUCCUCCUGAACCUGAGCCAGCCGAAUCAACUACACUGCCGUCACAGCCUGAAGAGCCAUAUUAUAACGAGAAUACAGACUUGACAGAGUCUGAAUGCCACAAAUGCAGCGAGUACGCUUUCUGUGUUAACAAUAAAUGUAUAUGUAAUGACGGGUUUUCAGGAGAUGGGUACGAAUGUAUUCCUGCUUGUCCACCAGGUGAAAUAUGGAUUUCUGAUCGUUGCGUCCAUCCUGACUUCGAAGAUCAACUGCAGGAGAACGAAACAAUUGACAUUUGUGAUGCAGAUGGUGUUUGCUACUGCCCUGCAGGCUAUCAAUACGGAGUUGAACGGAAUAUUUGCAUCCGUGUAUAUGACGUACCUCUGUCGUGUCAUCAAGAAUUCAAUUGCCAUCCAAAUGCAACGUGUCAAUAUUUUGAUGAAGAGCAAGGUCACAAAUGUGUCUGCCAAAGAGGAUAUGAAGGGGACGGCACCACUUGUACAAAAAUCGAGGUUUCCUGCACAACGAAAGAAGAUCUUUGUGACGUUCACGCUUCCUGUGUUUACAAUGAAGCUAUAGGGAAAUCUGAAUGUCGCUGUGAUAAAGGAUAUGAAGGAAACGGGUUCUCGUGCCAGCUAGCUCCUGAAUGCAUACAUGAUUCCGACUGUGGCGAGAAUACACAAUGCGAUAAAGGAGUAUGUCUUUGCUUACUUGGCUUUGAGCGGGACAUAUCCGAUUUUUGCGUUCCAUCAGGAUUAUGUGGAGGUGUUUAUUGCGCUGAAAAUGCUUUGUGCAGAAUGGAUCGCAUGACACAAAAUCCUUAUUGUGAGUGUAUAGAAGGCUUUACAGGCGACGGUGUUAAGAGCUGCAUUAGCAUUCCUUCUCCGUGUAAUGUCCGCAACAACUGUGGCCUACAUGCCACUUGUGCACCAGUUAAUGACGAAUACCGCAGAUAUGAAUGUAGGUGCGACCCCGGCUAUUAUGGUGAUGGCUAUUUAUGCGUAGAAGAACAGAAUUGCCGGAACACGCCGAAUCUAUGCGAUCCUAAUGCCAGAUGUGUGACUGCUGCCGAUGGUCUUCAAUGUAUUUGUAAUCCAGGUUUCCUCGGUAAUGGAUCUCAUUGUAAGGAAAUAUCCCAGCACGAAUCUGGAUUUCUGCUGAUAAGCCAAGGAGUUGUCAUCCUUCGACUACCGUUGGAUGGCAAAUUAGGAAAACCAAUCUCUGUCGCACAAAUGGCCAUCGGAUUAGACAACGAUUGCGCAGAAGGACGUAUUUAUUGGGGCGACAUUUCGGCUAAAAAGAUCAUGAGUUCGAAAUACGAUGGUACCGAUGUAAAACCAUUCAUUACUGAAGAUAUUUCAUCACCAGAAGGCAUUGCCGUAGAUUGGAUUUCACGUCGUCUAUAUUGGACUGAUUCGGAAAAAGACACGAUCGAAGUCGCAAAUUUGGACAAUUCUACGCAAAGAGCAACGAUCGUCAACAAAUUUUUAGUAAAUCCACGAGGAAUUGCUGUCGACCCUCUUAGAAACAAAUUAUAUUGGUCGGACUGGAAUCGCGAUGCUCCUAAAAUAGAAAUGUCCGACUUGGAUGGCACAGACCGAGAGAUUAUUUUGAACAAACCAUCGGUACUCCUUCCCAAUUCUUUGGUUAUCCAUCGUUCAAUGGGCGACCCCUGCUUCGCUGAUGCUGGGACCGGUAAAAUUGAAUGCUUUGAUGUGAACAAAAAAACGCUACGAACUAUAGCAGAUAGUCUUAAAUAUCCGUUUGGUUUGUCAAGUACCUCUGACCACUUCUAUUGGACCGAUUGGCACACGAAGCGGAUCGAAAGCAUUGAUAUAUAUGGUACCAGGAAAGAAAGCAUAAGGACUCCCUUCUUUGGAAGCCAUAAGAUGUUUGGAAUGGUAGCCAUCACAGAUGACUGCCCCAUUCAUCACAGCCCGUGUAUGGCGGACAAUGGGGGCUGCGGAUCUGACCGUCUCUGUCUCAUUAAUUAUAAAUCUCCAUCUGGGAAGAGUUGCAAAUGCAUACACGGUUCAGCUCACUGUCCGAAUGAUGUUAACAGCGUGGAGUUUCUUUAGAGAGUAGGUUUUACAAAUAACUAACCUUUAAACCUAAGAAACUAAUAACAAACACACUUUCUCCUAUUGUAUUCAUAUAACCUGAUUUUUGUAUUUUCGCGUCAAACAGUUUUAAGUUUUACAAGGUUCUGCACUGAAUAAAAGGCUUGCCGAAAUUUUUAAAACAAA